UGAGAUCGCUUCAUUUUAUUCAUCGCUCCCCCGAAAUCCUUGAACCCUAGUUUUCGUUAGCUCUUCAAAAUUAGGGUUUUUGAAACGAGAUGCGUCGUGGCAUCAGCAUUGUAAAUCAACAGACUAAGAAUGCUCGGAAUCUUCUACGGAGGCCAGUCCAUCAUUAUUCCUUGGAUUCCGCACAUGUUGAUUUGCAUCCAAAUGUUGGAAUGCGCUUCUUUUCUUCAAACACGGCUAAGGAUUUAAGGAACAUUAAAGGUAGUUCAUUUAUGUUUCGAGGACAAUAUGGAAAACAGUACAUGCUCCCUCGUUUUACGAGAACAUUGGCAUCUGAUAGUUCACAGGCAUCACGACAGACAUCACAAGAGGGUACCAAAAAGGAUAUAUCCACAGUUGAUGACCCGUUUGAUGCUCCCACCUAUCAUAUUCCUGAAAAGCCAGUUACAUUUACGGAAGGUGCUUCCUACAGUGUUGUAAUACUUGCUGGUCUCGGAGUUGCAGGAUUGGCUGCUUAUGCUGUUUUCAAAGAGCUAAUCUUUGAGCCAAAGGAGUACAAGAUUUUUGGAAAGGCUCUGGAAAGGGUUCAGCAUGAUAGUCAGGUUACUGUCAGAAUUGGUUCCCCUGUUACUGGAUAUGGGUCGGAAAGUAGAAAUCGUGCUGCUCGCCAACGCAUCCCAAAUAGAGUCUGGACUGAUGAAGAUGGUGUGGAGCAUGUUCAGGUAAACUUCUAUAUUCGAGGGCCUCGUGGUGCUGGGAUGGUGUAUGCUGAAAUGUUCAAGGACGGUUCUGACGGGAAGUGGAGAUUCACCUAUCUGAUUGUUGAGAUUAAGUCACCAUCUCCGACUCAAUUGAUGUUGGAAUCUUACGUUCCAGCUUAGAAUGUAGAAUGUGGUAGUUUGACCUUGGGCAUGGUUGCAGAUGUUAAGAUAGUGGGAUUUGAGAAGUCUUGUUAAGGAUAAAGGGAGCAGGCCAGUUUUAUUUAUGGGAUGAAAGGCGCAAAUAAGUUUGGCUGUUCUUUUUUUUCCUUUUUCCUUUUUUUUGUUCUCAUCUCUUCACACGAAAAAGCAAUUGCACACUGGCAGAGCAUUUGAAUGCCAGUUAUAUGUCAACGUUUCUCAUCUUGAACCAAGGCUGGAUGGAGGGGCAGUGUCUAGAUUUAGACGCAGCGCAAUGCCAAAUUGUAUUCUGGCUACUCUUUUAUAUGUGAUUUUCUUUUUCUUACCCUUGAAAGUGUACGUUGAUUGAGGGCAUGCAAGUUGAGCAGAGUAAAUUACGGGUGAUGAUGUUUUUGAGCGCAAUUUGCGAAAUUACUGAAUGAAGUGAUUGCAUGAAUGCUGUGAUGGAACA